UGUCGUAAAAGGUGAAUGGAGAGAGAGUUGUCGGGGGAAAGGAGGGAGGACAGGGGGCGCGGAGUCAGAGUGGCGCAGCAAGUAGCUGCAGGUGGUGGUGGCAGCGGCAGGGGGUGGGGGUGAGGUGGUCCCCUGGGGCAGAGGGGGCCAAAAAGAGCCAGGAGACAUCCCGGUUGCAACCCGGCCUGCUGGCUCUGGGACCCGAGCUCCCGCCCGCGGACAUGGACCUCAAUCGGAUCAUCCAGGCGCUGAAGGGCACUAUCGACCCAAAGCUGAGGAUUGCAGCUGAGACGGAGCUUAACCAGUCCUACAAGAUUAUUAAUUUUGCCCCCAGCUUGCUUCGGAUCAUAGUCUCUGACCAUGUGGAGUUCCCUGUGCGUCAGGCAGCUGCCAUCUACCUGAAGAACAUGGUGACACAAUACUGGCCAGACAGGGAGCCUCCACCAGGAGAAGUGAUAUUUCCAUUCAAUAUUCAUGAGAACGACCGGCAGCAGAUCCGUGACAACAUUGUGGAAGGGAUAAUUCGGUCUCCAGAUCUGGUGAGAGUCCAGUUAACAAUGUGUCUCCGAGUCAUCAUUAGACACGAUUUUCCUGGUCACUGGCCUGCAGUGGUCGACAAGAUAGACUACUACUUGCAGUCACCAAACAGUGGGAGCUGGCUUGGCAGUUUAUUGUGCUUAUAUCAGCUGGUGAAGACCUAUGAAUAUAAAAAAGCAGAAGAAAGAGAGCCUCUCCUGGCAGCCAUGCAGAUAUUUCUGCCUAGAAUUCAACAGCAAAUCCUGCAGCUGCUUCCGGAUGCCUCCCAUUACUCCGUGUUGCUGCAGAAACAGAUUCUGAAAAUAUUCUAUGCUCUCGUUCAGUAUGCACUGCCUCUUCAGCUGGUGAAUCACCAGACCAUGACAACGUGGAUGGAGAUCUUUCGUACCAUCAUUGAUAGGACGGUCCCUCCGGAGACUCUUCAAAUUGAUGAGGAUGACCGACCAGAGCUGGUGUGGUGGAAGUGUAAGAAGUGGGCUCUGCACAUUGUCGCUCGUCUCUUUGAACGGUAUGGAAGCCCAGGAAAUGUCACAAAAGAAUACUUCGAAUUUUCUGAAUUUUUUUUGAAAACCUAUGCAGUGGGAAUUCAACAGGUACUACUAAAAAUUUUAGACCAAUACAGACAGAAAGAGUAUAUAGCCCCCCGUGUUCUUCAGCAAGCAUUCAACUACCUAAACCAAGGGGUUGUCCAUGCUGUGACUUGGAAGCAGAUGAAGCCACAUAUACAGAAUAUCUCUGAAGAUGUGAUUUUUUCUGUGAUGUGUUAUAAAGACGAGGAUGAAGAGCUGUGGCAAGAAGAUCCGUAUGAAUACAUAAGGAUGAAAUUUGAUAUUUUCGAAGAUUAUGCUUCUCCUACCACAGCGGCCCAGACCCUCUUGUAUACAGCUGCAAAGAAAAGAAAAGAGGUAUUGCCAAAAAUGAUGGCGUUCUGUUAUCAGAUACUAACAGACCCGAACUUUGACCCUAGGAAGAAAGAUGGAGCCCUGCAUGUGAUUGGUUCCCUGGCUGAGAUUUUGUUGAAGAAGAGUUUAUUCAAGGACCAAAUUGAGCUGUUCCUGCAGAAUCAUGUAUUUCCAUUAUUAUUGUCUAACCUGGGAUAUCUUCGAGCUAGAUCCUGCUGGGUGCUGCAUGCAUUUAGUUCUUUGAAGUUUCACAAUGAGCUCAACCUCAGAAAUGCAGUAGAAUUAGCCAAGAAGAGCCUGAUUGAAGACGAGGAGAUGCCUGUCAAGGUGGAAGCAGCCCUCGCACUGCAGUCGCUGAUCUCCAACCAGGCACAAGCCAAGGAGCACAUGAAACCGUACGUGAGAUUCAUCAUGCAGGAGCUGCUGCAUAUCGUCAGAGAGACGGAGAAUGACGAUGUUACCAAUGUCAUCCAGAAGCUCAUAUGUGAGUACAGUCAGGAUGUGGCCUCCAUCGCUGUCGACACAACCCAGCACUUGGCCGAGAUAUUUGGUAAAGUUCUUCAGAGUGAUGAGUAUGAAGAAAUUGAAGACAAAACUGUCAUGGCCAUGGGGAUUUUACACACCAUCGACACUAUCUUAACAGUUGUGGAAGAUCAUCCAGAGAUUAUACAGCAGUUGGAGAACAUCUGCCUACGAAUCAUUGAUCUUGUUUUACAGAAGCACGUUAUUGAAUUCUAUGAGGAAAUCCUUUCCCUGGCAUACAAUUUAACCUGCCAUGCCAUCUCCCCGCAGAUGUGGCAGCUCCUGGGCAUUUUAUAUGAAGUUUUCCAGCAGGAUUGCUUCGAGUACUUUACAGACAUGAUGCCUCUCCUGCAUAAUUACGUGACAGUAGAUACCAACGCUCUGCUGUCAAAUCCAAAGCAUUUAGAAGUCUUGUUCACAAUGUGCAGGAAGGUACUGUGUGGAGAGGCGGGAGAAGAUGCCGAGUGCUAUGCUGCAAAACUCUUGGAAGUCAUCAUUCUUCAGUGCAAAGGAAGGGGAAUUGACCAGUGUAUACCACUGUUCAUUCAACUUGUCUUGGAGAGAUUAACACGUGGGGUCAAGACCAGUGAGCUUCGUACAAUGUGUCUCCAGGUGGCCAUCGCAGCUCUUUACUACAGCCCUGAGCUGCUGUUCCAUACACUGGAGCAAGUCCAGCUGCCACACAACCCAGGACCUGUCACAUCACAGUUCAUAAAUCAGUGGAUGAACGACACUGAUUACUUCCUGGGACACCAUGACCGGAAGAUGUGUAUAAUAGGACUGAGCGUGCUCUUGGAGCUGCAGAACCGACCUCCUGCCGUGGAUGCUGUGGCUGCACAGAUCCUCCCCUCCAUUCUCUUCCUUUUCCUUGGCUUGAAGCAGGUCUGUGCUACACGACAAACGGUAAACCGUGAAAAUCACUCAAAAGCAGAGAAAGCCGACAUAGAGGAAAAUGAGGAGAUUUCCAGUGAGGAGGAAGAAGAGACAAGUGUGAGUGCUCAAGCUAUGCAGUCACAAAUUGGCAGAAGUGAGGAGGAGGAUGAUGAUGAUUGGGAUGAAGAAGUGCUGGAGGAGACAGCCCUUGAGGGCUUCAGCACCCCACUGGACCUCGACAACAGCGUGGAUGAAUACCAGUUUUUUACACAAGCUCUGCUGACUGUGCAGAAUCGGGAUGCUGCCUGGUACCAGCUGCUGGUGGCACCACUCAGUGAGGAUCAGAAAAGAAAGCUGCAGGAGGUGUACACGUUGGCAGAGCACCGAAGGACACUGGCAGCAGGGCAGUUUCACAUUUGAGGACAAGAGUAUCUUCUCCGAGUUUAAUUUUGGAGUCGUGCCCAGCAACAACUGGAAGGCGCAUCCACCGUUCACCGAUCGGCGUCACCUCUGCUGCUUAGUACACGGGUUGAGGGCCAAGUGGGAAAUAAGGGGCUGUGACAUUGGCAUCAGUCGGCCACGGGCCUGCUCUCCCUUUCUUUGACCCUUCUUACCUGGAGUAUAUAUAUUUUUAACAGCUACUGUAAUGUAUGAAAUUUUGAAAAAAGCAGAGUCAUUGAUUGGAAAGGACAAAGCAUCUGCUCUUAAGGCUGAAUGCUGAGGGGUUAGAGUUGUGUAUCAGCGCAUGUCUCAGGUUUUUGCCAUGAAGAAUCAGUGGAUUUAUGCAGAUAACAGUGCCUUCUGUUGUACAUGAAUAAUCAGAAAAAAUUUUUUUUGGAGUGCAUUGCAAUUUUUUUAAAGCGUAAAACAUAUUUCUAGAUAUUCUGUAAACCUUGGUUAUGUCAUUUCAUUCUGCAUUUUACUCCGUGAGUUGACUGUCGGGCAGGUAGUGCGGGUCUCUGGCUCCAGAAGCAUCCUUGCUUCCUUCAACCACCCUGUGCCAGAGGCUUCUUUGAAGGCUUGGAAUUUAGGCUCUGGUUUUUCACAAGACAUCUGUGGUUAUCCUAAGAACUGUUAAGUUCCGUUUUCCAUCACUUUUCCCCUCUUGAAUGGGAUGAUGUUUCUUUCAGGAUCAUAAGUGUAUUGAUAAUAUUGAUAACCUACUAAGUUCAGACUUUACCCACCUCUCGGCAGCCAGCAGCAGGGACUUGUUAGUCACUAGGCUUAGCAGAAAGACUGAAGGUCUUAUGAAUCAUGUGCUUAAAUGAUACUGCAGGGGCUGUAGGCAUCCAAAUAUGAAAGCACACCGAAGUUCUAAGCAGAAGGUGAUUUCUGUCUGGGUGGGGGCUUGGUCAGUAGUUACCAUUCCAACCAUGUUGGACAGGGCCCAAAACAUUUUAUAUGAUUUUUUUCUUUUUUCUUUCUCCUUUCAGCCCUCCCUUCUUUCUUUGUGAGAUAGAGUCUGUCUCUGUAUGCAACCCAGGUUGGCCUCAAGAUUGCAGUCCUGACUCAGCCUCCUGGCCACUGUUAACACACCCAGCUGCUGGGUUUUGUUAUAUAGUUCUGGCUGGCCUGGAACUCACGCUGUGGCCUAGGCUGACCUCAGACUUGUGGCAGCCUGCGCUCAGCUUCUAAGCGGUUGGAAUUACAGUCACGACAAAUGGUAGAUUUUUUUUUAUUUAGUAACAAGACUGAACAGAUCUAAUUUAACCAUCUGCUUUUCACAGUCUAAAAUCUCUCCAGCCUGAUUUAGCUUAUUAGUCUUUGUUAUUGCUCGAUUUUUUUUUUUUUUAUAAAUUCUUCAAGGGUUGGUCUCUCGGUCAGCUGGGUGAAUAGGUGACUGAUGAUGUCAGUAUUGCAGAUGGCUCUUCCUGAACUGUUCAAGAGCAGAAUAUGAACCACUGUGCAUUCAUCUGGCAAAAUGAAAAUAUGUUAUCAGGAUUGGACAUAUUUCUGGAUGUGAUACAGAUUUUGUUUGUGUGAAAUACCUGCAGCUUAAAUUUCCAUCAGCAACUGGCAGGAUUUUCUAGGUGAUUCCUGAAUUAUAAAUCUUGUAUUCUUUUUUUUUUAAUUUAGGUUAUUUAAUUUUUUUUUUGUCAGAAGUAGCUAUAAAAAAGCCAUAUGUUUCAGAGAGAAAUUACCCUGUAUUUUGCCAUCUCUCAUUUUUCAGGGCACCAAAGCUGCAUGUCCCCCAGCAGUUAGAAGGGAAAGAUUGCAUUGAAGGGGUUUCAGACCUCUGAAGUAGUCAGUUUUCUCCCAUGUCUUCUAUGGUUUAAUUGUAACAUAGGUAGUAUGCCUUCACACUGGAUCCUGGGGGCAUGGGUUUUGGAGAUGUUAUUUUGUGGUGAAUUGUCAUCUGCAGUAUUAAAGGGAAGACAUAUUCCUGCACAUCACCAUACCUUGUUUUUAAAGCCAGAGUCAUUGUAUGAUUUUUAUUACCAGAAGUGCUAACCGGAAUGUGAUCUGGUUACCUUGGAAAUGCAGGAACUUUUAUGAAUGUACUGUAAAAUAAAAUGUGGGCUAAUUCCCAGGAACUGAA